AUGCAGGCGCUGAUCCAGGAUGAUCACGGAGACAACACCGUGUCCGUCAAGUUUACCGUCAAUAAUGAGCAGCAGAAAUGUGUACGGUAUUCCGACCUCUUCCAAAGACGUCUGGCCAGCGUGGAAGAGAAGGCCAAUAGCCUAGAUCCCAUCGCCAAGGUGAAGAAAGACAUCGUGCAGGAGAUGAACCCUCCCAAGUUUGAGCAGAUAGAAGACAUGGCCAACCUCACCUUCCUCAACGAAGCCAGCGUUCUCAACAACCUCAAGGAGAGAUACGUCAAAAUGCGCAUCUACACCUACUCUGGGCUCUUCUGCGUCACCAUCAACCCGUACAAGUGGCUGCCCAUAUACGGGAGCAGAGUGGCCAAGAUGUACCGUGGCAAGAAGCGCAACGAGGUGCCACCUCACCUCUUCUCCAUCUCCGACAAUGCCUACAGCGACAUGCUGAUAAAUAAAGCCAACCAGUCUAUGCUGAUUACCGGGGAAUCCGGUGCCGGCAAGACUGAGAACACUAAAAAGGUCAUCCAGUACUUUGCCAACAUUGGAGGAGGCAACAAACAGAUCGACCAGAGCAAGGUGACGGUGCUGUUAGACGACACUUUACACGUACGUGUGGCCAUCGUGCUGCAUGCGUGGAGCCCUAGGCAGCUUAUCUGCGGAGAGAAAAGGUUAGAUGUGGCGUGCACAGCAAUCGACAUCGACAAACCCUUCCAGGGAGGCGUUCCAGGCGGUAUACCUGGGCUCUGCCAUCGAAUGCGAGCGUUUUGGCUGACUAAGGUCACGGAUUCCUAUGCAGUCCACUGGUCCUGGCCCGUUUGGGCCGUGUUUCACAUCCGGUGCGUGUCCUCGAUCGGUGCCUUGGCCAAAGCCAUCUACGACAGAAUGUUCAAGUGGCUGGUGGCUCGCGUCAACAAAACCCUUGACACAACCAAGCCGCGGCAAUACUUCAUCGGCGUGCUGGACAUCGCUGGCUUUGAGAUCUUUGAGUUCAACAGCUUCGAGCAGCUGUGCAUCAACUUCACCAACGAGAAGCUGCAGCAGUUCUUCAACCACCACAUGUUCGUGCUGGAGCAGGAGGAGUACAAGAAGGAGGGCAUCAACUGGGUCUUCAUCGACUUCGGCCUCGAUCUCGCUGCCUGCAUUGACCUCCUGGAGAAGCCGAUGGGCAUCUUCUCCAUCCUGGAGGAGCAGUGCGUCUUCCCCAAGGCCACGGACGCCACCUUCAAGGCGGCCAUGUACGACAACCACCUGGGCAAGUCUGCGCCAUUCCAGAAGCCCAAGGCGGGCAAGAAGGCUGGGCAAGAGGCCACCUUCGAACUCGUCCACUACGCCGGCACGGUGGGCUACAACACGCAGGGGUGGCUUGAGAAGAACAAGGACCCGCUCAAUGAGACGGUGGUGAGCCUCUUCCAGAACUCCAGCAUGCCCCUUCUGUCAGUGCUCUUCAAGGAGGAGGAGGCAGCAGCCGGCGCCAAGCAAAAGCAGAAGAAAGGAUCGGCCUUCCAGACCGUAUCAGUGUUUUAUAGAGAGCAGCUGAACAAGCUCAUGGCGACUCUUCACAGCACCUCUCCUCACUUUGUCCGCUGCAUAGUCCCAAUGAGUUCAAGAAAUCCAGGCAUGGUGGACGCUCACCUCAUCCUGCACCAGCUGGCCUGCAACGGCGUGCUGGAGGGCAUCCGUAUCUGUCGCAAAGGCUUCCCCAACAGAACUCUGUACCCCGAGUUUGUGCAGCGUUACUCAAUCAUUAACCCAGUUGCUGGAAAGACGGAGACUGAUCCUAAGGCCAUCACAGAGAAGGUUUUGAAAUCCACAUAUCUCGUGGAGGAUGAGUAUAGGAUUGGCUUCACAAAGGUGUUUUUCCGGGCCGGCGUUCUCGGCAAACUGGAAGACAUCCGCGACGACUGCAUCUGCCGCUUCAUCACCAAGCUGCAGGCCUCUUGCCGCGGCAAAGUUUUCCGCCGUGACUUCCAGAAGGUCCUGGACAAGAGGGACGCCAUGGUGAUUAUUCAGUCCAACGUUCGAAGCUUCCUUCAGCUGCGUCACUGGCCCUGGUUCCGACUCUACACAAAGGAGCGCGGGAUUUUGGUGCGGCCACUCGGCGCCACGGGUGGGAUGGACAAGAGAGUGUUCUUGUUUUACACGGAUUUCCAGCAGGAAAACCCCAUCGUUAGUGUGCAAGUGAAGCACCUGGCUCAAGUGAGGCCGAUGUGCAUCCAGUUGAAGGAGGAAGAAGACCGCAAGAAGAAGGAGGAGGAGAUGAAGAGGGCCCUGCAGGAGGCCGAGAAGAUGGUGGAAGACCUCAAGGAGCUCACAGAGAGGGUGGCCACGUUGGAGACCGAACGCAAUGUCCUGCAGGAGCAACUCGACGCUGUGAGUUCAUCGUCCGUCCGGCCGGGAAUGCAAAUCCACGGUGCCAUGAAGGAAGGCCAUAUAUUAGCACAGUUUGCUACGUACGGCGCGAAAGAAGUUCAACAUACGUACGUUCAUCGAGGGCAGAACCUUGUUGCCCCUUGGAAACCAAAUAUUGGAACGAAACCUGUAAAGUAUUAUGAGAAACGAAGACUAACAGUGACGUACCCAUUACUACUGCUGGGCGCAUAG